UAAAAUAGAAAGUUGGAACAUGCGCGCAAAUUCACUCUGUUCUCCGGGCCACCAUUUCUGCAGGUUUCAUUCUCCUUCAGAUCUCCUCUGCAAUUUCCCAAUUCAUUCUCUAUACUCUGUUCCAAUAAUCUCUGUUCCAGUAAUCAUUUCUAAAUCCCUACAAUACAGAUAUUCAAUAAGCAGAGUACAGCGAUCAAAAAUUCAAAUGGGUUGCAGGAAGGAAGGAUUGGGAGAAGAUGCUAACAGCAAGGCGGCUAUGGCGGCUUCAGUGAGUGAUGCUCUGCUAUUAGCAACGAUGUGCAUUAUUGGCCUCCCGGUUGAUGUUCAUGCCAAAGAUGGCUCUGUCUAUUCUGGAGUCUUUCACACCGCGUCUGUUGACAAUGACUACGCUAUUGUCCUGAAGAAAGCGAGGAUGAUUAAGAAGGGGAAUCGAGGUACAAAUGUAAUGAAUGGAAGUUUGAUAGAGACACUUAUAGUUCAAUCAGAAGAUCUUGUACAAGUUGUUGCAAAGGGAGUUCCUCUUCCUGCAAAUGGAAUUACCGGAUAUGUAUGGAGUGAUAGUGUAGAGGAUAUUGCAGACAUCAAUGAAUGCUUAAAGAGAGAGGUGAAAGCGACAGAACCGAAUGAGUCCAAUGGGGAUAAAAUGCACAAAAGUCAAACAAGGUCUUCUGCCAAAAAGGAGAAUGGUUUUGAUUGCAUUUCUACAGCUAAGAAGGCAAAUGCCACAGCCAAUUCUUUAAGAGAUUUUUCAGAGAAACAAGAAUUACUUGCUGUUUCAGUUGAUGGAAGGCAGGUUGGGGAUGGCUCACAGGACAAACAAAGGGAUUGCAGGGAUAAACUCGAGUUUCUAGCUGAGAAAACUAGCAAUGAAGUUCGAGGCUUAAGCAUAGGUGUUUGUGAAACUCAAUCAACUGCUGCUGAGAGCAUUCCUGAUGUAACAAAUAUGCAAAGAGCACCAACAGGAGUAUCUUCUGCUUGUCCUGCAGCACUUGAUUAUGAGAUGCAAGGGAGACCCAGUUUAGAGGAGACACAAUGUUCUGAAGUUCCUGCAUCUGAUGUUUCUGUAGCUGCCACAUCCACUGUCGAUAUUGCUUCAGAAUCACUUCUCAGUUCAUCCUUCACUUCCACUCAUUCAGUGCCUACAAAUCUUUCAAGUUUUAAUAGAACUGCUAAGGAAUCUAAGCUGAAUCCUGGAGCAAAAAUAUUUACUCCAUCGCUGUUACACCAUAGAUCAGUGACUCCUCCAGCGGUGCCAUCGCUGUUACACCAUAGAUCAGUGACUCCUCCAGUGGUGCCAACAGGAGCAACCGUUGCUUAUUUACCAGACCACCAUGCCAUGGUACCAAUUGCUACUGCACAACAAGAAGUUGACAUCAGUUCACCUGCUCCUCGUUCUGCUGUUCCUGUUAAGUUUGUUCAAUGUGGUAACGUAGUAAUUGGAAAUGGCGGCACCGAAACACCAUAUGUUCAGCCGUUCAUUGGACAAGUGGUAAGCCGGAUGCAGCCUGUUAGGCCUGCCUAUGUGCAUUCUAAUCCUCAGAAUGUUAUGCUUGGACGAGUGGGGCCUCUUGUCUGUAUGCAUCCCAUUUCUAAUGAUUUCGUUCAGGGUGCAGCAGGGUUUUCUCAAGCAACUAUGCGACCUCUCUUGACUCCUCAUCAUCUUCCCAAGCACCAAGGAAGUGCUACUGCUCAGGCACUGCAGCUGUGCGUGAAUCCUCCAAUUAUAGCCAGCGGACAACAGCCAUUUACAAUCCCAAGCCCCAUGCCCAUUUCACAACCUUACUUCCCUGUCAUCCCAGUUCCAAGAUCUAAUGGUUUCUUCGGCACCAAAUUUGCUUAAAUAAGUUUGCAUUUGCUUUCUGGAAGUGGCGCUGGUAAUUUCUGUCACGUGCAAAAGUUUUGGUUUAUAGUUGCCUUUCUUGUUCCAUUCCAUUUUACCCAGUUUUCGGUUAUUUUCUGUUAUCCAUGGCGUUUCUUUCUAUGCGAGCUUUGAACAUUGUAAAGAGAGGCUACAGAGAGAUGUUCUAUUGGUUUUGUGGAGGUGUUGGGCUAUAUUUGUGUUGCGGUAUACUGAG